AUGGACGUCGAUGCCCCCCCGCCGGCGUCCCCUGCGGCCGACCCAAUCGACCCUUCCACCUCUACCAGCAACAACGACAACGACGAUUCCGACCCCAUCGUCUCAUCCUACGCCGUCUUUAGCAACCAGCCGCCGACGUCGACGCGCAAGAUUCUAAUCCUGCAGCACCCCAACAAGCAAGGCCCGACGCGUGAACCUUUCCAGACCCUCUCCGAGGUGCGCAUCAAGCCCAGCUCGGGCAUGAUCGAGGUCGACGUGCCCCUCAGCUACCACGAUGGCUCCUACGAUCGCGACAAGGGCAUGCGCUGGGGUCAGGCCCUAACGCGCAGCAUGAACCAAAAGAACGGUGGUAGUCACGGUCUGGCGGGUGGUUUCGGCGUCGGCGUGCCCGCCCCGCGCGCCGGCCGCCCCCGUAAGGAGGAGGAUCGCGACACAUAUGACUGGACCGAGGCGGUGCGCCGCGACCAGGUCCUUCGCACCCAAACGCUGGGUGGCCAGUACGCCGGUCGCAACGCCGACUUUGGCGACAACGAGUGCCGGUGGAUGGUUGGAGUCUUCAAGGGAGGCAAUCUACACCUCACGCCCGCCCAGUCGGAAAUUCAGCUGCGCCCGCAACUUCACCACCUCGACGCCGCAACGGAACAGGACCGCCUGACCCGUCCGCGCGAUGGCCCCGGCCAGGGACCAGGUCUCGCCAAGGACGGAUCCAGCGCUGGCGGUCCCGCGCCCGCGCCCAAGGCCAUUACCAUGACCAUCAAGUCGACCGCCGGCGGCGACCAGCCCAGCACCGAGACCAUGGCCGACCGGCUGCGCCAGGUGCAGAUGGAGCACUGGCAGAGGCUAAAGUACGUCGAGGACGACAAGGACGAGGCCUGGGAGCUGUACCAAAAGACGCUCAUCUACCGGUCUCCAGAGUUCCAGCAGGCCGCCCAGGACGCCGGCAAGGGCAAGGGCAAGGCAUUGGACGUUAAGCUGGACGAGGACGAAAAGGGCGACCUGCAGAGCAAGGCCAUGCGGCUGCAGACGCGGUGGAGCGAGGAGGAUUACCUGCGCGGUGUUGCGGGCAAGGACAAGGAGGGCGUGCUAGAGGGCUACGGAACCACUGCGCUGCCUGGCAUCAAGCCCGAAGACGUGGUCGAGGAGGGCAAGGUGGAUGCCGACGGCAAGAAGACGGCUUCUGCUGCUGCCAAGGGCAAAGGAAGAGCAGCCACGGGCACGGCUGCUGCUGCUUCUGCCAGCACUGGGACGACGGCAGCAGCAAGAAGGGCACCAACAGCAAAGGCCAAGGCAUCCACCAAAGACAAUGCAAUGGAGAUUGAUUAA